AUGGCCGUGGGCGUAAAGCGGAAGCGCACUGGCGAAACUGUAGACGCCACUAUAUUUCUACCGCAAAAGAUAGCGAAGCCUAUCUCUAAUAACGUUGCGCUUAAAGAAUCUACUUCUGUCCCCGAAGAUAUGGAGCCCCAAUUACGACGAAUUACAGAAUCAGACCGUACGCCCUUCGAGAAGAAAGUGUGGAGCCUUCUAUGUCAAAUACCCCGUGGUCAUGUAUCAACGUAUGCCCUGCUCGCGGCACAUCUGGGGUCGUCCCCACGAGCCGUAGGGAACGCGCUGCGGCGGAACCCAUUUGCACCCGAAGUGCCAUGCCACCGAGUAGUGGCGACGGGAGGUGCCUUAGGUGGGUUUAAGGGAAAGUGGCCUAAGGAUGGCGAAGGCAUCACUCUCGACGAGAAGCGGAAGCUUCUUCGUGGGGAGGGUAUAAAACUAGACGACAAGGGCAAGGUACUCGGCACGCCAUGGGCAGCAUUUAAUUAA